AUGUGGAACAAAAUUAAAUCCAUUAAGGGCAUAAACCACCAACCACUUCCUCCUAAUCUAAUUUCCAAUAAUAACACUCUUACACUUCCUGCAGAUAUAGCUGAAGCUUUCGUACAACAUUUCAAAAAAAAUAGCGACGACUCAAAUUACGACCUAGAUUUUUUAAACUUCAAAAAUACCGUCGCAGACAAUCUCAAAAAUGAACUAGAAACUAAUUUCCUCCAUAACGACAACCAUCUUAAUAUACCUUUCAGUCGUAAUGAACUCAAUAAUGCCUUAGCUGGAUGCAAAAGUAAAAGCCCCGGUCCUGACAGGAUACCUUUUUUUUUUAUUCAAAACUUUCCCGCAAUAGGCCAUGACCUUCUCCUCCAAAUAUUUAAUAUUAUUUGGAACAAAGGUAUAUACCCGAAUCAAUGGCACAAUGCUAUCAUAAUACCAAUACCUAAACNUGGUGCUGGUGAUGAUGAAUAUUCUGGAACGGGAGAUUCUGGUACUGGGACUUCUGAUACCGAGGGAGAUGGAUAUUCUGAUACCGAGGGAGAUGGAUAUUCUGAUGCUGGGGAAGAUGGAUAUUCUGAUGCUGGGGAAGAUGGAUAUUCUGGUUGA